AUGGACCAUACAGUCCUCCAGCCCAGCAGCCUCAAGCCUCAGCAGGAGAGCAGGAAUCUUCAGCCAUCCACAGGAGGAUCUGCAGCCAUUGUGCACGCCUAUUCUUCCCACGCGCCUCUCCCUCCAGGUGUCCUGCAGCUCAGCCAGUGCACUGAGCACAAGGACUCUCUGUGGGGCCCAGGAGCAGAGAGUCACUCCUUUGGGGCCCACAACACCCGGCUGUGUUCCAGACUCAUGUCCAGAGAAGAUCGUGUUGAGGGCCCUCAAGGAGAGGGGGCAGGGAUGCCCGAGCAGGACAACGACCCCAGGAUCCAAGAGAAUCAUUGUUUGGACGAAUGGAGGCAAGAUGGCGCAAAAGCAAAUCAGUUUCCUAGAAAGCAAAUCAAUCAUGAUCAGAGAAGGGUUCCUGAGAGCACCGGGGAUGCAUGGUCUGCAUUUAGGCCCCUGUGGGACAAUGGAGGCCUCUCUCCCUUCGUGCCCAGGCCUGGACCUCUGCAGAGAGACCUCCAUGCCCAGAUGUCAGAAGUCGGAUAUACCCAGAGAUCUCAGUCCUCCUGGAUGAGCUUCCCCACACGAAAUGCCAUCUUGAGCUCCUACAACCCCCCUGGAGGCUUCCCGUCACUAAAGAGGAGGGGGCCAGCCUCAUCCCACUGUUGGCUGCCCCUCAAGUCCUCAAAGACGGUGAGUGAGGACCAGCCUCAGGCUGUCUCUUGGGGUCUCGCCCAGUGUGAAAAGGUGGCAGAUGCAGCACCAGGGCAGACGCUUGCCCCUAGGAAUGGCUCCCCGACAUCCCAGGCCUCUAGGCCCCGUAGACACAAGUUUCCCCUGCUGCUGCUCAGGCAAGGGGAGCCUCUGAUGCUGCCACCUGCUUUACAGCUGGUCCGGGUCACUGUUGAAGACCUGGACCUCGAGAAGGAGGUUGCACUCUGGUGCAACAGUGCACUGUGGGAUGAGGCUAAGGCCAUCUGGGACUACAGACCCUCAUGGCCUUCCCACACUUUGUCCUCACUUGCAACAGGGACUUCUCGUCUGCCUGUUGUACAUAAAGCACCCAGCAUGGAUGUACAGCAGGACAGACACAUGUCCCAAGACUCUUGGAGCUUGGAACCCUGUGUGGGUUUUGCUGGUUUUAGCUUCAGAGUGAUACAGAGGACGGCGCAGCCAGACCCCUUGCUGUACCAAUGA